CCCCACAAAUUAAAAUUCAUUAUUUCAAACCAAUAAAUAAUAAUCAUUCAAAACACAUUCCUCACACAAUCCCUUCAAGUCUCAUUCUAUUCUCUCUCUCUCUCUCUAUCUCUCUCUGAACCAUGCCUGUUGUCACAAACAGAACAACAACACCACCUACAGUGGCAGAACACAUCAAAUGGAGAAGACCCAGAAGCCAAUUCAACCAUCAACACCACCACCCCAUUCCAGAAUCAGAUCCAAACCCUCAAAUCCCUUCCAUAAUCCAAUCAACUAGGGGCAAGUCCACCAUAUCCUCCCUGCUCCUCUCCACUUUCUCCAACAACACUUCCUCCUCCAAUAAUGACACCCCCAUCAUCAAUGCCACUGCUCAAAGCAAGAAAAAAAGCAACUUUUCCGCAGCAACCUUCAGAGGGUUGGGGUGCACCGCCGGCGCGUCACAGCAGGUGUCGGUGCCGGCGGUGAUUCGCUCCUCCGCCGAUUGGCAGGGAAAGAAAACAAGAAAGAAGAAGCACAAGAGAACCACCGGCGGUGGCAAGAACAAGACUUUCCAUGGCGGGGUUCUGGAAGGUUCCAAUCCUGGGUGUGUGGAUUUUCAAGAUGUUUGGUGUGGCCCUGGCAUUGGGUUCUCAGCAGAUACUGCUGCCUCUGUUGAUUGUGUUGUGGCCCGGAAGAAUGUAUCUGCAAGAGGGAAAAUUGAUGUGGAUAAGAUUACUCAUAGGGAGCGAUCAUCGUAUGUGGGAAGGCGCACAGAAACCUUUACUUUUCUGGACACUGAUUCUGACAUUUUCACGCCACGCUCUGCCUCUGACUCUUAUGGAACUGCAACAUACUAUCGACAUGUUAGAGAUCCUUCCUCUGAUGGUUUUGCUGAGAUAAUGAUGCUUCAAGGGAGUCUACUAAUGGGUGGACAACUAAAUUCACAUGAUCAAUUUAGAGACUGGAGACUUGAUGUUGAUAACAUGUCAUAUGAGCAAUUGCUUGAGCUUGGUGAGAGAAUUGGUCAUGUGAACACUGGACUUAAGGAAGAUGAGAUGGGACGGAACAUAAGGAAAGCCAGACUUCAAUUUUGGGAUGAUACAUCAAAGCAUCAAAUAGAUAAAGAGUGCAGCAUUUGUCAGGAGGAGUAUGAAGCAGGUGAUGAGCUGGGGAGGCUAAAUUGUGAACACAGUUAUCACUUUCAGUGUAUAAAACAAUGGGUUUCACAGAAAAACUUCUGCCCAGUAUGUAAGCAGCAAGUUGCAGCACGACAUUGAGUGACACACAAUCCUACUGUUUUUUUCGGAAAGCAUCCAUCUAUAGAUUUGUGUAUAGUUUUUCAUAUCCAAUACAAGCAAGAAUUUUCAUUCUUUGCUGUCAUUUAUCAUUUCAUCUUUCAAAACUUAAGCAUAUCUUAUCCUCUGUGAGGAGGCGGCAAUUAUAUGUUAUUGAGUAAAGGUUUUUUAAUUGGGUUGAGAGUUGAGACCUUUGCAUAUUAGAGGCAAGAGUGGCCUUGCCUAAAUGCACUUUUCUUUUGGUUUUUAAUGGAGUUGUGUCUGUUACAAAUUAGGAUGUUUCUAUCUU